ACACACACACACACACACACACACACACACAGAGAGACUACAUAAACGCGCCCAGUGAUUAAGGGACGCUACUCGGCGGCACAGGGGCGGCCAGACAAGACAAUUCCAAGGCGUGGUCACGAAAGAGGGAAUAAGAAGAACGAAAGGAGAAGAGGAAGAAAACCACAACACAGACAGACAGACAGACAGACAGACAGACAGACAGACAGACAGAGAGAAUGCCGUCUAUUCCUAUAAUUGACUUGGGAGAGUUAGGCCUCCCAGCGCAGCCCAGCGAGGAGGAGUGGCAGAGAGUCGCGAGGGAGAUAAAGAGCGCCUUUCAAGACAUUGGGUUUGUGUAUCUGUCCAACCAUGGCAUUCCGCAGGGCGAGAUUGACGAGGUGUUUGGCGUGGCGGAGGACUUCUUCACCCUUGAGGACUCCACCAAGAGACGGUACCUUCGCGGGGUGCAGACCAUCCAAGGGUACACAGCGCCCAACCAGGAGAGACUGACAGAGGUGAGCAACAUACAAGAGCUGAGGGAGAGUUUUGACAUCCACACACCAGAUGGCACCUUCCCAGACCAGGAGCUUGCCAGCCUCCGCCCCGCCACCAGGACCUUGUUUGAGAAAUGCAGCACCCUCUCCUCCAGGCUUCUCACCGCCAUGGCCAUUGCUCUGGGAUUAGAAAGAUCGUACUUCGUCAAGAGACACAAGGGACUGGCUGGGCUCAAAAACUCCUCCAGCAUGCGCCUUCUGUACUACCCCGCCCUCCCCGCUGACGAAGGCGCUGACGAAGGGGUGACACGCUGCGGCGCCCACACUGACUAUGGCACAGUGACCCUUCUGUUCCAGGACACCAGGGGAGGCCUGGAGGUGAAGGAGCGUGGCGGAUCGUGGGUGAGCGCCCUGCCCAUCCCUGGCACAAUACUGGUCAAUGCUGGGGACAUACUGCAGUUCUGGACCGGGGACACCUUCAGGGCCACGGAGCACCGCGUCCUUCUCACCAGUUCGAGGAGUAAGGCGCGCCAGUCCGUCGUGUUCUUCGUGCAUCCUGACGGGGACGUGGUGGUGGAGCCCCUGGAUGGUUCUGGCAAGUACACGCCCGUCCAGGCCAAACAGCACGCCAUUAGAAGGUUCUCGGAGACGUAUACGAUCUAAUGCCAUGGACCUUUUUGAAUUUAGGGAAGUAUGCCUUAAAAUAUCUUCGUUUUCUACGUUAUUAUUAUUUUUUAUUUAUAUUGGUUGGAAAUGUUUAUAAAAGUAUUUCAUGGAAUAUUUUGGGUUUUUUCAUAAUUGUGUUGGUUGGAAAUGUUUAAAAAAAAGUUGAAUUUCAUGGAAUAGUUUGGAUUUUGAGACGUUUGCCUUAAAAUAUCUCCGUUUUCUACGUUAUAUUUUUAUUUUCUUCAUUAUUUUGUUGGUUGAAAAUGUUUAUAAAGUCAAAUUUCAUGGACCUUUUUUGGAUGUAGAAAGUGUGCCUUGAAAUAUUUCCGUUUUCUAUGUUUUUAUUUAUUUAUUUAUUUUUUCUUAGUAAAUUGAUGUUUGUGAAUCUCUCGUUUUCAUUGUUAUUGUUAUUUUAGGCGAAAUUAAUGAGGGUUUAAAGGGUGUUUUUGAAGGUUCUGAAACUUUAAAAUCAACAGGCUUGUAUACCAGUCGUUCGGUCUUAAAACAUAUCUUCACUAUUUAUUCAAGCGGUUCACAUGUAUCAAUAUGCGGCUGAAAUUACCAGCUGCUAGAAUUUUCAGCUGGAUUUUUGGUGCUUAGCGGGUGAAAAAACCAGCCGCAGAACAAAAUAGACAUUGAUUUUGUUUA